AAUAAGAAUGAAUAUCUUUUAUAUUUAAACAUUUGUUUGCAUAAUUUUUAACUUUGAACGAUUUUAUUUUUUUCAACAUUGAACAAUGUUGGAACAUAUGCUAUCGUUGAAGAAAAAUAAAUAAUAUUCGGUUGUUAAGCGUUAAAUGUCGUACUAAAAUUUUAUUUAAAAAAUUUUGAUAAUCAUCAGUGGUCAUAUCAUCUUAUUGAUAUAAGAUAAAAUGGUACGUGGAUGCGAAGACAGCUGCCGAUGUAAGAGGUGCGAACUGAGGUUGGACGGUAGGCAGAAUGCAUCAUUUCGAUACGACAGGCUACCUUCACUCACACCACCAAAACCGAAGGAAGAACCUUGUCUAGAAGAGAAACCUAGUCCUACCGAGGUACCAGCAGAAGUAGAAGUCGAGCCUACUGUAGAACCGAAGCCGAUGGGCACAGAGAUGGAAGAACUGGAAUUGUUCAAGAUGUACGACGUGAUGAGGACGACGAACCAGGAAUACGGCCUCUGGAUGUUCGACCCGUACCUCCGAGAUAAGGACUGGUUCAAGACGAAACGGUACCCUCUGAAAUCAUCGUACCUUACCAGGCAUUACCACGAAGCAGUAACAGGCACGCAUUUGUGAGCGUAAUACAACGCAUUUUCUCAUUUUGCUAUAAUUUAGUAAAGAAUCAAUGAUUACUUUAUUCGUAAUAAAUCCAAUAUCACU